AUGCUAGAAAAUGUGUCUUGUGCUGAUGACCAGGAAAAAGAAAUUACAUCAAAAUCAACUGCAUUUGACCAGGCAGGUGAGGCAGCUCCUCCUCAAUUAAGCUUGGAGAAAAAAAAGCUAUUAAGAAAAAAGCUUAUUGAUUUUAGACAGACAUUACAUGGUUUAGGCAGAAGUUGUGUUGGAAGUGUGAGUCUUUGCACAGGUUUUAGCAUGGAACUACUUGAGGAAGUUGUUGGUAAUGCAAAUGACUUUAUGUCAGCAGAGGAUAUCAACACCAAAUUGCCCGUAUUCAACACUGAACAUGCUGUUGGUAUUUUUAAAAUUCUCAAUGACAUCAGAUGCGAAAAACAACCAAUAGGUAUGUAA